AUGGUUCUUCGAUAUUCAGCAGAGUUUCUGCUGCACCUACGCAACUCUCCAUUAUGUACUAAACCAGACGGUCUUCCUCCUAUCGAGGAGUGGAUGGGCGCACCUGCAGAACAGCAGACCCGAACGCAAAGUAAGAUCCUCAAUGACCGGCACGGCAAUGGCUUCCCUGUCGAGCAAUCCAACCAUCGGUCAGGAGCUGAGCGCCAUAUGUCCCGCAACAGCGCGAAUCCAGAAGAAAUUGUUUUUGCGCCACCGCGAAUCAACUUUUCAUCCUCCCGGACCAAGCUCCUCGACGGCGACAAGGCCGCCAAGGAACUAGAACAGGGCCGCUUUGGUAUUCGCAGUUCCGAAAAUGACCGUACACGUGACAGCCGAGCCAACCCGCUCCGUCGGCGCGGCGACAGCGACUUUGAUGGUGAAGGUUGGAGCACAGUAAAGCCGCGCAAGAGCUUCGGCGCCGAUGGUGCGGAACGCUUUUCUGGCAAAAUGGGCGGCAACUACCGCGACGAGGUCAGAUCGAGCGAUCGCGACGGUAACAGAGACCGCCAAAGCAAGACGGCCGAUGCUUUUGGUCGUGACAAGGACAGAGACGCCGAUGGCCGCACUCGCAAUGGCCUAACCAGGAAAAUGGAACCCUGGAAUAAAUCGGAAGCCACCGCCGACGGCGCCGCGCCUGAACGACGCGAUCGCGAUCGAACAAGGAGCUGGAGAGAUCGUGACCAAGAAGCCUCCGCUGACAACCGAGGUGGCGAUAGACGCUGGGGCAGAGACCGUGAUCAGCGAGCAGAGCGUGAGCCUGAAUGGUUCGAUGAGCCUGCCCAAGACCAGCGCGAUGUCCACACUCAGCAGGAUUUCCAAAAGUGGAUGGAACAAAUGAAGGCCGCUAAGAACGCCCAAGAGAACCAAACCACGGAGGAAUCUGAAGCUGAGAAGCCCGCCAAGUCUGCGCCCGCCAUUGAGCAGGGCCCAGACAAAUUCUUUAUGGCUUUUGGUGGCGGGACUGCCAUCGACAACACGCCUCAGGCUGAACAGGCAGACGGAGCCAGCAAGCCAAGAGCCGCUGGUAAAUCGUCUCGUUUCACAUCAUUCUUUGGUGGUGGUGGUCAGGAGGAACCUCGCCAACGCACGGAAUCGUCUACACCAGCGACUGCAGCGCCGUCAGUGCCUCCUGGCUUUGCCCAUCUCUUUGGCGGAAUGGCUGGUGGAAUGGCCGGCGCUGGUGGCCGUGGCGGAUCUACUGGUCCCGAAGAUGAAAAGCAAGCCUUUGCGCAAUUGCUUGCCAAGUUGCAGAAACAGACUGUCAGUGCCACGCCACCUGGCCUUUCGUUAUUUGCGCCCCCGCAACAGAAUCCCGGCGACGGCAGCAAGAAGAGCGCUGUGACAUCGCCGGAACCUUAUCAGCAGUACGGAAAUGAGCGCAGAGAAGGGCCUUCUGUCAGACCCCAGCAACAGGAGAUCCACGCCCCGCGUCCCCAACAGCAAACUGCCGGUCCCGAUCAGCUGCUCCAGGACCUCGUCGGGCAACACCAGCGAGCUUCUAGUCAAAGCUCGUCGCAGCGUGACCCUACGAUGGCCAAGAACAACAGCAACGCCGAAUUUUUGAUGAACCUCAUGCGCGCAGGCCCUCCCAACACGCAGCGUGCCGAACAGCUGCACAAUAUGAUGGCUCAUGGAGGACCCUUGCAACAGAAGCCAUCGUCCAUGUCCCCUAUGAACGAACGGGACGCCCACGCCCAUCAGCAGCAGGGCCGUCCAGGCCCGCCACCAGGAUUCCCUGCCCACGAUGACGCGUUCCGCUCGCCAGACCCAGAAUCGCGACCCAACCCGACGCAGAUUCUCCAGCGACCCCCGCCUCCCCCGGGCCUGGACCACAUGCCGCCCAACUGGAUGCAUGGCCCUCUGCCGCCCGGCGUCGGCCCUCCCCCUGGCCAACGCGGUGCCGGCGGACCGAUGAUGGCUCCGCCUGGACUUCCCGGUGGCCAUCCCAGCCGCAACAUGCCCAUGCCACACAUGUUCCCGCCCAACUUCCCCCCCGGCGCCAUGCCGCCGCCUCCGCCGCCCGAGAUGCGCGGCAGCAUGCACAUGCCUCCGCCGGGCUUCUUCAACGGACCCCCUCCUCCUCAUGGCUUUGGCCUGCCGCCGGGCAUGCCAGGCUUCAACGGCCCGCCGCCUCCGGAUCUCCGUGCGUUUGGCAGCCCCCCUUUUGACGGGCGAGGCAUGGCCCCUCCGUCGUCUGCCGAAGCUGGUCGCAACGGUGGCAACUACGGCCGUCAAUAA